AUGUCUCUCGCAGCCUUUCGCAACUGGCGCACGCAGUUCUACCCUCCCAAGCCGACUUUCACGGAGGAGCACGUUGGGCCUCAGAACGGUCGCGUCUUCAUCGUCACGGGCGGCAACGCAGGCGUCGGCUUUGAGCUGGUCAAGAUCCUCUACACUACGGGUGCCACCAUUUACAUGGCAUCGCGUUCCAAGGAACGAGCCGAAAAAUCAAUCGAAACAAUCACAAGCGCCGCCUCGAAGCUCAAGAACCCCGGGUCAGUCAAGUUCCUACACCUGGACCUCAACGACCUGGACAUCGUCAAGUCUGCCGCCGCGUCCUUUGCGCAACAGGAGCCCAAGCUCGACGUCCUCUGGAACAACGCCGGCACGGGCGGCCUAGCACUGCCGGUCGGCUCCAGGACCAAGCAGGGCAUGGAGUCCAUGAUAGGCAUGCACUGCGUCGCCGCGCAGCUCUUCACGCACCUCCUGCUCCCCCAGCUCCGUGCCGCCGUGCCGGACGCCCCCCGGGGCUCGGUCCGCGUCGUGUGGACCUCGAGCUUCCUCGCGGACUCGCUCGCGCCCGCCAACGGCGUCGAGUUCGAGCUCCUCGAUAAGGGCACCAACGACCGCGCGCGCAACUACGCUCACUCCAAGGCCGGCAACUGGCUGCUCGGGCGCGAGAUGGCAACCCGCUACGGCGCCGAAGGCAUCGUGAGCGUCACCCAGAACCCCGGCAACCUGAAGGCGGGGUCGUACGUUGGGACCCCGGCCCUGGCCAUGUAUCUCUUCGAGCUGUUCCUCCUCCACGAGACGAAGCUUGGUGGCUACACGGAGUUGUACGCUGGGCUCUCGCCCGACAUCUCGCUCGAGAAUAACGGCGCCUACGUCAUCCCCUGGGGACGUGUGCGGCCGGACAAGGACUGCCCGAGGAAAGACAUUGUAAAUUCCAUGAGACCUGAAGCAGAGGGCGGGUCGGGCUACGCCCAAAAGUUCUGGGACUGGUGCGAGGAGCAAUGGAGGCCCUUUGUCUGA